AUGUCUCUAUCACUAUUUCGAUACGGCUCACGCCGUUAUCUGUCAGCAUUGAAAACACAAGUUCCAUCUGUUAUCGGUAACGAAUCCAAUAAAAAGUCUCUUGCGCCACCAACAAAAUUAUCAAAUGAAAAAUACGUGAAAACAAUUGAUCGAUUAGAAGAUGUUGAUCAGAAACGUGUAAUACUCCCUUUAAAUCGAGAUUUAUAUCCAGCCGAUACUGUAACACAUACUGGUCAAGUAUAUGAUCGAGACGAUUAUCGAAAUGCUCGAUUUAUUCAAGGUGGAAAAUUGGUAAAUCCUCGAUUUGCGAUUGAUUUAAUUCGUGAAGAUCCUGUUGUUGUAUGUAAAGCUCGAGGCGUUUUUUCGGACAGUGGUGGUCCUUUAGGUCAUCCUAAAGUGUAUAUUAACUUAGACAAACCAGUUGUUCACAGCUGUGGUUAUAGUGGUCGAAAAUUUAUCCAAGCAAAAUAUUAUGAUGAAAAAAAACAUGGACCAUCAAUUACUUAUGACGACUAUUUAGCACAAGUUCGAAAUCAAGCAGAUGAUGCUUAUGAUUCGGCUGCAGCAAUACCACACCAAUAA